GGAGCAUAUGGACGAGAGAAGAAGGAUCCAUUGAAGGAAAAUAUUCUGAAUGAUCAGCGGACGAAUUUAAAUACGAAUAUAAAUAACAUCAAAUUAAUGAACCACGCGCGUAAACAAUCAAACGACAACCGGUCAUAAAACAAAAAAAUCUUAUUCUCAAUCUCUCUCUUCGAUUACUUUAGCAGGAUACGAGCUCGAGUCCAAUUGUUUGCAAGACGUAGAAACGGCAUGUAGGUGAUAAGACCGGGUAUCCGCAGCAUCCACGGGGUGGGGAAGAAUGGACGAGGGUGGUUCUCCGCGUGGGUCGAUUCAUCGUGGCGCUUCGACGCGGGAGGACGAGGGCGUCCGCAUCGCGAGGAUGUCCAGAGAGAGGGAGAGACAGAGAUAGAGAAAGGAAGAGCGAGUUCCAAGGGCGUACAACGGCCAGUAACGAGUCGGGGGACGCGAGCGAUGCUUGCAGGCGUCGCCCUGGCGCCGCUGUCCGAGAACAGAUGGAGCCGACCCGCGUACCCCGGGGCCCCGGUCCGCGUCUCGUCUUCCUCUUCGCCACGCUCGUGUUGACGUUCGCAGCGACGGGGCUCCUAUGUGGUGCGAUAAUGUCGGAUCAUUGGGAAGAGAUCGGCUGGGACAAGGAAGACCUAAUGCACGCGAACGUCAAUCUCACGUGGUAUCUGAACGAUCAGGUGGCAAUGCUAAAGUCUUCCGUUAAUCAUCGAACUAAUCGUGUUAUCAAAACUUCGUCCUUUUUGGUCCCCAUGCACGGCGGGAUUUGGAUUAUGUGUGUUACAUUGUCAGAGGAAGAAAUACAACUAUUAAAUCAGGUGGGUUUCCCACAAGAGAGGUGCAUCAAUUAUUUGACACCGGAUGAAACGCACGAAGAAAUACGUGUAGCUUGGCAAAAUCGAAUGCAAAAUCUGAGUAUCUCGUGCUCUUUAGUGUGCCUAAUCAUUUUAGGAUGUGCCGCGCUUAUAGGAUUUUUCGGACUGUGUAGGCAUCAGAUAUCGGCCGUUCUCGUGACAGGAGUAAUGUAUCUUCUUGCAGCAACAUUCGCAUUGUUUACGCUGACGAUCAUUCAUUUCAAGAGGGACCAUGGGACCAAAUCAGUAAUGGACGGAGGUCCUGAGGACGGCGUGAUCGGCAUGCCUGUUCCUCGCAGCGUCCUCAAGGCCAGAAAGUUCACUACCGCAUGGAGCAUGGAUCUAGGAUGGGGUGGAGUCACCCUUUGUGCCCUCGCAUCGGUCGCCUGGAUCCUCCUCAGUAAGAUCAUGCGCUUCAGCCCGAUCGCUGCCAUGAUCGCGUAGCAGUGGGACGCCUUCGAGGUUUAAGGUCGUUUCUGAUAAUCACUACAUUUCGAUUAUUUCUGCGAUCCUUUUCAUUAAAUUUCGAUAUUUUCUAAUCACGAUGGCGCAAAAGAUUUGUUCUUUUUCUACAAAUUUUUCAAGUUCUGCUUCAAUUUUCUAUAACAAAUUAAUAUAUAUAACAGAUAUUUUCAAAGUCACAUUCAUUAUAAUUAAAAAAUGACUUAUCUUGCAACAUGUAUAUGAA